CUCAAACAUUUGUUUUGACUCAAUCAGGCAAUUCUAUUCCUCGCCAUUUUCGCAGCUGCUCCUGCUCGACGCCGUGACCGUAAGCAGCGAAGAUGACUUACAGCAUCCACGUGAGAGUCAUUCAGACCAAGCCUUCUGCUUGGUACAGCAUCGUGGAGAAGACCGUAUGGUACUUCGCCCAAGGCGCAACCUGGAGAGAUGUGGACGGAGAGCAGAUCCUGACCAUGGGCGAGAGCGGCACUUCUGGUCUGCUGCGCUUCGAAAACCCACAGGGCGACUUCUUCCUGGUCGCUGUGGGAGUACACAACUACAAGCGGUGGUGCGACAUUGUUCCUGACCUCAAGUCUACAGAAACCGGCACAGCUAUCCACCCCACUUACUACGACAACGGGCCCCGAAAUGAGAUGCUGUGGAAGCAGCUGGCAAGCAUUGAGAAGAAAACGUCCAAGGGCGAGAACAUCAAGGUUGACUACUACAAGGAGGACGGAAACAAUCUGUACGCCACAAUCACCAUCACUUAAGCUUGGGGCUGAGACCAACAACGUCUGAUGCUGCUGAUGGUGUUUAGUCUGCCAUGAUUCUCGCACUAGUGCAGGAUUGCCGAUCUACACUUUAGGCAGAUCAGAAUGCGUCGAGAAGUUCCUGCUUAGAAUUCGUGUUGGAAACCAUCAGACGUAUAGUUUCACUUGAGCUUACUUUAGUUCAACUUCCUCACACUCUCGGUAGCAACUGGCUGCUACCCAAGAUGUGAGGACAGAAAUCAUGUCUGUGGUGAGAAGUUUUCUCCUGAGAAAAUGUGAGCAAUAAAGUGCGUUUCCUCGUUGUAA